CAGAAUGCACCCAAAGAGUAGACUGGCACCGUGACUGGCACUCAUACUAUUUCAUUCGCUAAUAAUCUUGCAGCAAUUCAAAUUCCGCCGGUAGUUAUUUCGGACGGUCGCACGAGAUAACCUUUCAUCGUAUUUAUGUCUGGUAAUAACUACUCGCUACUUCUUUAAUUUCGUGAAUUUCAUUCCUACAUCAAGUGAAAUUGAUUAACAAACAAACUCGUUUCGUAUUAAGACUCGACGGAAUAUUCUGGCACAUAAAAUACAGCUGAUAUGGAUUGCAAUCAACCGAUGCACCCAGCGUUGAAAAGUCUAGCUUGGCUGGAAGGUACAUGGAGAGCAGAGAAUACAGGAGAAGGCAAAUUUCCAACGAUAAAAGCAUUUAAAUUUUGCGAGGAAAUCAGUUUCUCAUCGAUUGGUCAGCCAAUGUUAAACUAUGUGGGUCAGAGCUGGCAUUCAGAAAAGAAAAAGCCGAUGCACAGAGAAGUUGGUUUUUUAAAAAUAAUUCCUGGUUCAAAUAAAGUUUCUCUUAUUCUGGCACAUAACUUCGGCUUGACCACAAUCGAGGAAGGCCACGUCAACGAUUUUAAAAUAACAUUGAAAAGUACAAACGUUUCCAGAAUGUCUGAGGGAUGCAAAGAACCUGUGGUUCUGAAGACUGAACGAGAAUUUCGACUGGUUGGAUCUAUGCUAGAGCAGACAAUUCGUAUGGCCACCACAAAUGUAGGAGAAAUCGCAGAGCAUAUUCGUACCGUUUACCAGAAGACUGAAAAGUAACUUCAGCUUUCAGAUUGAAACAAAG